AUGGAUCGAGUCAACACCACGCACCGGCUGAAGCGCCUGCGCGAGCUCAUGACCGCCAACAAGGUAGAUCUAUACAGUAUGCGCCUCACGUGCUUCGACGCCGGAUCGCUGACUGACUGACAGCGCCAUAGUCGUUCCUUCUGAAGACGCCCACUCCUCCGAAUACAUUGCUCCCACCGACGCCCGCCGAGAGUUCAUCUCCGGCUUCACUGGCUCUGCCGGCACCGCCGUCAUCUCCCACGACAAGGCCGCUCUGGCCACCGAUGGACGCUAUUUCAAUCAGGCUAGUCACCAGCUCGACGACAACUGGACCUUGCUCAGGCAGGGUCUCCAAGACGUGCCGACAUGGCAGGAGUGGACCGUGGAACAGGCCGAGGGCGGCAAGACCGUCGGCGUAGACCCCACCACCAUCACCGCACCCGAGGGCCGAAAACUGGCGGAGAAGAUCAAGAAGAAGGGUGGGAAGGAGCUCGUGGCCGUUGCUGAGAACCUCGUGGAUCAGGUCUGGGCCGGAGACAAGCCCGCGAGACCCAAUGAGCCCGUCCGUGUUCUCGGCCUGGAGUACGCUGGCAAGAAGUUCACGGAGAAGAUCAAGGAGCUCAGGAAGGAGCUGGACAAGAAGAAGGCGGCCGGCUUCGUCGUGAGCAUGCUGGACGAGAUUGCAUGGCUCUUCAACCUGCGAGGCAACGACAUUCCCUACAACCCCGUCUUCUUCUCGUACGCUGUAGUAACACCUACCACGGCCACCCUAUAUAUCGAUGAUUCCAAGCUGCCCGCAGACGCAAAAGCACAUCUGGAGGGAGUGAACAUUCGCCCGUACGAGAGCAUCUUCUCCGAUGUCUCGGCCUUGGCCGCCAACGAACCUAUCACAAACGGAGCGUCUAAGGAGUCGAUUCCUUCGCGUAAAUACAUGAUCUCCACUAAAGCUUCCUGGGCCCUGUCACGUGCACUCGGCGGCGAGGACAAGGUCGACGAGAUCCGCUCUCCAAUUGGCGACGCCAAAGCUGUGAAGAAUAGCACCGAGCUUGAUGGCAUGCGGCAGUGCCACAUUCGCGACGGCGCGGCCUUGAUCGAGUACUUUGCUUGGCUUGAGAACGAGCUGAUCACCAAGGGCACAGAGCUGGACGAAGUGCAAGCUUCAGACAAGCUCGAGCAGAUCCGAAGCAAGCACGACAAAUUCGUCGGCCUAAGUUUCGAUACCAUAUCAUCUACAGGUCCAAAUGCCGCGGUCAUCCACUACAAGGCGGAGCCUGCCAACUGCUCUGUCAUUGAUCCGGCAAAGGUCUACCUAUGCGACUCUGGCGCCCAGUUUCUAGAUGGCACAACUGACACGACUCGGACAUUACACUUCGGCGAACCUACUGCAAAGGAGAUCGAGGCAUACACGCUUGUGCUCAAGGGCAACAUCGGCCUAGAACUCGCCGUAUUUCCAAAGGGCACUUCUGGAUUCGCACUCGACACACUCGCCCGCCAGUAUCUCUGGCAGAACGGACUGGAGUACCGACACGGAACGGGACACGGCAUCGGCAGCUUCUUGAACGUGCACGAAGGUCCUAUCGGGAUUGGCACUCGCAUUCAAUACUCCGAAGUACCGCUUGCGGUUGGCAACGUCAUCAGCAACGAGCCCGGCUACUAUGAGGAUGGAGAAUUUGGCAUCCGAAUCGAAAACGUGAUCAUGGUGAAGGAGGUUAAGACAAAAUACAACUUCGGCGACAAGCCUUACUUUGGCUUUGAACAUGUGACAAUGGUGCCCAUGUGCAGGAAACUCAUCGACGUAUCCCUUCUGACGGAAACUGAGCUCAAGUGGUUGAACGACUACCACAAGGAAGUCUAUGACAAGACUUUGCCGUUCUUCAAGAAUGAUGAGUUGAGUCGGAAGUGGCUAGAGAGGGAGUGUGCCCCUUACUGA